AUGAUUCUUCAAUCCCCCAUUGACGUGGAAAUAGGCAUCGCGAACUUCUGGAAACAGUGGCAAGAAGAGGCCGAGCCAUGUAUCUUUCCUACUCUUGUUCAGACAGAGCUGGCAGAGGCGAGCCAUGCUGAGCUCUCAAUCGAACUUGGCAAAUCGGAACAGUCUCUCCAUGGUCUCGUGACAAGUGGUCUGCACAGCAGGGUUGAGGUCUCUCUGGUCACAGCCUGGGCUAUCGUCCUGAAGGCAUAUACCAGUAAUGCUUCUAUAUCGCUCGGCCUGACCAACGCACUCACGGGACCAUUCCCUUCCGCCCGACUGUGUUCCUUAUCAAUCGACCGUGACGACAAAGUGUCGUCUCUUUCCCGAAUGGUCCAGACCGAGCUGUUCGGGAGCGAUCGGUAUCAAACCAAUGAGAUCACUUCUGUACCUUUGUUUUGGACCGCUGAUGGCAGGCCUUUUUGCAACACGGCACUUAGCCUGGGGCUUCGGUCCGCCCCACUACACGACGCAAUCGACAUCGCCGUCGACUUCGAAAUCACUCCACAGCAAGUGACGGCAAGGCUUUCUUACUCCAGGCAAUGUCUUGACGAAAGUCAGGCUGCAGACCUUGCAGCGACAUUCUCGGAGGUGCUCAACUCGUCACUGGAGAAUCCAAAUACCACCUAUUCGGAACUUAGCCUCGUCCAUCAGAGUAGCCUUACAAGACUCUUCACAUGGAACCAGUCUGUGCCGGCAUCCAUUGAUAAGUGUGUGGGUGACUUGUUCUACGAGCAGUCCCAGGAGCGGCCCGGAAACAUUGCCGUACACUCUUCAGAUGCCCAGCUCAGCUAUACAGAGCUCGAAGUAGCGACAAACAAGCUUGCGCAUGCUCUACAGGCCCGUGGAGUCGGUCCAGAGACCAUCGUCCUUCUCUGUUUCCCCAAGUCAGCAUGGGCUGUUGUGGCGAUGAUCGCCGUCAUAAGAGCAGGUGGCACAAUGCUGUUUUUCGAUGCUUCACAUCCAACAGCCAGACUCCAGGAGAUCCAAGCUCAAGUGCAAUCGAAGAUCAUGCUCACCUGCUCGCAAUAUGAAGAAAUGUGGGACUGGACAGGAGCAGAGGUAUUGAUUGUUGAUCAAAGCUCUGUGGACGCUCUGCCGUCGCCGACAACCACUGUCACCACAUCAGUUACUCCAUCCAACAUGCUUUACAUCAUCUUCACCUCAGGCUCGACCGGCAGACCAAAAGGCUGUAUUAUCGAGCAUCGACAGUUUCUAACAGGAUCUUUCGCACAACGGAAGGCAAGUGGCAUGCAGCAUACUGAUCGAGUGCUGCAGCUGGCUUCAUUCACAUUCGACGUGAGCAUCUUGGAGAUCAUUACAUCACUCAUCACCGGUGCCUGCGUUUGUAUACCGGGCGAUGCCUCUAGAGCCAAAGGGCCAGCUAGUUGCAUAGAGGAGUUUGGUGUCACGUGGGCCUUCCUUACGCCGUCUCUGGUGAAGCUUAUGACACCAGAAAUGGUCCCGAGUCUCCGCUUCCUUGUGCUUGGCGGUGAACCAUUAGGGCGGACAGAUGUUGAGACCUGGGCUCCUCAACUACAGUUGGCCAAUGGAUAUGGCCCCACUGAGUGCUCAAUCGCCGCUACAGCCUAUCCAAAGCUCUCUUCCACCACGGAUCCUGCAAACAUCGGAUUUCCACUUGGUGCUUUGUGCUGGAUUGUGGACCCAGAGGAUCAUCGUCGCUUAGUACCUCCCGGAGCGCCCGGAGAACUAUUGGUUCAUGGACCCAUUGUGGCUCGUGGCUACUUCCAGGACCCCGUCAAAACGGCCGAUGCUUUUGUUGACGACUUCCCGUGGCUGCCACCUCAGCGCUUCGGACAUUCAAGACUUAUGUAUAAGACCGGAGACCUGGCCAGAUACAACAGCGAUGGCACGAUCCAUUUUCUUGGUCGUAAAGACUCUCAAGUCAAGCUACGUGGCCUGCGAAUCGAGCUGGGAGAAAUCGAACAUCAUAUAGCAGUGAAUCCACUUGUUCGCCAAGCUGUUGUGUUGCUGCCUCGACAAGGUCCGUGCAAGAAUCAGCUGACAGUAGUCCUAUGUCUAAAGGAGGGGUUUCAAGAGAUUGAUUCGGAGAAAAUUGAGCUGCUGGAUCCUACCCUCAACUUAUCGCUGUCAAAAUCUCUAGACCAAGUAAUCCAGGAUGCAUCGGACCACUUGCCAGCGUAUAUGCUACCUUCGAUAUGGGUCCUUGCAAAAUCCAUUCCGUUAACCAUCUCUGGAAAACUACAUCGAGUCUAUGUUACCAAAUGGACUACCGGAAUGAGCGAGCCCAUGUACAAUCAGAUCACUGGUGCCGAGGCUGCGAUCCAAGCCUCAAAUCCUGUUGAAGAGACCAUUCAGCGCUUAUGCAGCGAAGUGUUGGACAUGCCUCUUGUCAGGAUCCAUCUCAAUCGCUCAUUCGUCAACAAUGGUGGUGAUUCGAUUUCGGGCAUGCAGCUCCUAGCGAAAUUGCGGGCAGAGAGCAUCAAGGUCUCGGUGAAGGAUAUGAUCGAGAGCAAGACUUUGACCGAGCUGGCACAGAGGGCAAGCAAUGGUGAUUCGCAUGAAGUCCUCACAUUCCAACCCAGCUAUGACCGGGCCGCCUUCGAUACGGAAAUCCUGCCACAGCUCCCUUUUUCACCGGAUCAAAUUCAAAGCAUUUAUUCACUAGGACCAAUGCAAAGGGGCAUACUUCUCAGUCAACAACGUGGCUCGGGAAGCUAUGAGUUCCGUAUCGUCUGCGAAAUAAGCACCACCAACGAGGUAGAUUUGGACCGACUAGCGACAGCUUGGAAGAUGGUCGUUCAUCGUCAUGAUUCACUAAGGACCAUUUUCGUUCCCAGUAUAUCAGAAGACUCGCCAUACGAUCAACUCGUGUUAGAACACGUUGAACCCUACAUCAACGUUAUUCCUUGCAAGGACAAAGUCACGUUGUCUAGAGCUGUUCGAGCACAUAAAAUUGUUGCGUCGGACAAGGAGCCUAGGGUUAAUCUUAUCGUAUAUGAGACAUCGGGUACGAUAUAUUGCAUGGCAGCUAUCGACCAUGCGCUGAUCGAUGGGGUGUCUGUGUUGCUGAUGUUCCGAGAUCUCAGUGCGGCAUAUGCAGAGACUCUUGAUGCCACUCAGCAGAUGCAUUUCUCACAUUAUGUCGGCUAUCUACAACAGCUUGAGAAGAGUCAGAGUCUCGAGUACUGGAAGCAAUACCUCAAUGAUCUAGCCCCAUGCCACUUCCCUCUCCUUAACGACGAGGCGGAUGUAGCUGACGAGCUCCACGAGAUCAGCAACGUUCUGGAGCUUGGGAUGGAGCUGCAGCAGUUCUGUCGCGAUCACAACCUCACGCCUGCGAGCCUUGUUCAAACCGCCUGGGCCCUGACAUUGCGGAGCUAUACUGGGCUAGAUGACGUCUGCUUCGGCUAUCUAUCUGCGGGUCGCGACGCUCCCGUGGCCGAUAUUGAGGACGCCGUUGGGGCUUACAUCAAUAUGCUGGUUUGCAGGUUGAAGCUAGACAGCUCGAGAACCCUGAAGGAUCUCGUUGAUUCGGUUCAAGAGGGUUUUCUCAACUCAAUGUCUCACCAGCAUUGCUCGCUGGCAGAGAUUCAGCACGCCCUCGAAUUGCGUGAGCCGCUCUUCAACACAGUGAUGUCGCUGCAGAGUGCGCUGGGAGAAGUUAUCAGCGCACCCAAUGUUCAAGGCGCUUUGGAGUUCAGGAUCGUGGAUGAGGUCGAUCCGACAGAGUACGAUAUCUCUGUCAAUGUGGCGAUAUCGCGCGAGGCCAUGCACCUCAAUAUCCGUCAUUAUACGUCCAAGAUCAGCAAAGCUGCGGCAGGGCGUGUUUUCGAAACCUUCAAAUACAUGCUCGAGACCAUCGUUAAGAAUCAUGCAGAAACACUAAUCCAAACGAUAAUGAUUAGUGACCACGACCGUGACCAGAUCGUGCUCUGGAAUGCGCGCGAUUGGCAAGACUACCGACUUUGCGUGCAUGAGCAGAUAGCACAUCAGGUGGUAGAAAGACCGGACACUACGGCGAUUGUUGCUUGGGACGGCUCUCUCACGUACCGGGAGCUGGAUCAUUUAAGCACGCUCCUGGCAUCCCAUCUGAGCACUUUGGCUGUGGGGCCUGAGGUACUUGUACCUUUGAGCUUUAAGAAAUCAAUGUGGGUGCCAGUAACACAAUUGGCCGUCCUGAAAGCCGGAGGUGCUUGUGUUGCAUUUGACCCUGCACAUCCGACAAAAAGGCGUGAGGAACUACUCCGUCAGUGCGAUGCCAAAGUUGCGAUAACUUCGCCUAUUCAUGGACACCUGUUUCAAGACCUGGUCGAGAAGGUGGUGAUAGUUGAUGAAGCCCUGUUCAAGACCCUUGCUCACGACAAGUCACGGCCAUCAACAUGGGAAAAGGCAGGCCCCAACAACCCAGCAUUCGUAGUUUUCACCAGUGGCAGUACUGGCAAGCCAAAGGGAAUCGUGCUGGAGCAUCAUGCGUUGGUGACCAGUGCCCACGCUCAUGGACCGACUAUGAAAUACCAACCAGGUAACAGGAUUCUUCAAUUUGCCUCCUACACUUUCGAUGUCAGUAUCGGUGAGACCUUCUCGGGACUGAUGCUUGGUGCCACUCUCUGCAUUCCUAAUGACGAAGAGCGUAUGGACGAUCUUGCAGGAGUCAUCAACCGCAUGGAUGUGAACGUGGCCUACCUGACGCCAUCAGUCGCAAGUGUUCUACACCCAGAUGAUGUUCCUGGUCUUGAGGUCCUGGCGCUUGGUGGAGAAGCUGUCAGGGCUGAGAACAUAGCACGGUGGGCUGAUAGGGUAUAUCUGGUCAACAUCUACGGUCCAGCAGAAUGUUCAGUCUGGUCCACUGGACUCUAUCCUGUCCCACCAAAGAUGUCCCCCGCGAACAUAGGCUUCGGUCUCGGCGCACGUAUGUGGAUCACGCAGGUCGGCAGGCCAGAUCAGCUCUGUGCAAUCGGUUGUGUUGGAGAGUUGCUGAUCGAAGGACCCAUUGUCGCUCGCGGCUACCUCAACGACAUCGAGAAGACUACAGCGGCUUUCAUCUCCAGUCCAAAGUGGAUCAAACAGUGCGGCUACGACUCGAGCAACACCAUUUAUCGCACGGGCGAUCUAGCCAGGUACAAUACAGACGGAUCUAUCUUCUUCAUUGGUCGACGAGAUUUCCAGAUCAAACUACAUGGCCAACGCAUCGAGAUGGGUGAGAUCGAACACAACAUGCUCAGCCAUGAUAGUGUUGCGAACGCUGUCGUCAUCUACCCAAAGGCUGGGGCGGUCAGCCAGAGACUCGUGGCCGUUGUAGCUCUUGGAGAGCACGCACCAACGGAAGGAGACAACAACAUCAAGGUCAUUGACCCGCAGCACAACCCAGCAGCCGCGCAGCAAGUCAUCUCAGUCCGAGCGCAUCUGUCAGAAAGGGUUCCAGUCUAUAUGAUGCCAGCGAUAUGGAUAGUGGUGCAAACGAUCCCGUUAUCGGUGAACGGCAAAACAGAUCGUUCUGCUGUUUCCCGUUUCAUAGAGGCUCUGGAGCAUGCUCCGGAGCAGAUCGCAGGUUCAACUUCGAGCACAUCGGUUGCUUUGCCUGCGGGGCAAGCUGAACGUACGCUACGAUCUGUGAUAAGCAUUGUUCUUGGCAUCAAUGAAGACAGCAUUUCUAUGGAUCAGACGUUCGUUGCGCUCGGAGGCGAUUCCAUUACGGCUAUGCAGUUGUCAGCACGCUGUCGAUCGAACGCGAUGCUUGUUACUGUAAAGGAGAUCCUUUUGAGCAAGUCCCUACGACAGCUCGCCAAUUCAGCCAAACAACCAGUGCAAGGAAGUUUGUCGAACAGGAAACAAGAUGAUACUGGCGCUUUCACCAUGCUUGCAGAUUCAGAUGUCGAACUUGUUGAUCAGCAAGCCAAAGCAAUGAAGCUGACUGGUCUCCAAGCUAUCGAAGAUGCCUAUCCUGUAAGCCCGAUGCAGCAGGGUAUUCUUGUGGCACAGGCGCAAACCAGUAGUGCUUACAAAUUUCAUGUGGUCUGUAAGGUCAAAACUACCACCAGCGACUUGAAAGCGGUGGUGAGACGCUUGAACCUUGCCUGGCAGAAGGUUGUUAACAGACAUCCCAUACUUCGGACUAUAUUCAUCGAGAGUGGCUCGAAAGACGGACUUUAUGUGCAAAUGGUACUGAAGGAUGCGAUCGCCAGAACAAUGUUUGUCGAGACUAUGGAAGAGCUGCUCGGCAUUUCUACAUCAAACCCAAUUGACUACGACGAUAAGCAACCCCCUCACCGUUUCACGUUAUGCGAAACCGAGGGUGUGGUGUUCUUCAACCUUGAGAUCAGCCACACCCUCAUCGAUGGCGCCUCGAUGGCGGUCAUCCUGAAGGACUUGGCCGCUGCUUAUCAGAGCAGCCUCAUACCCGCGCCAUCGUAUCGUGACUAUAUCUCUCUGCUCCAAGAUCAGGCACCCGCAGAGUCGCUUUCACACUGGUCUCAGUAUCUGCAUGGAGUGGAGCCAAGUGUGUUUCCGAGCUUGAUCGACAACGACAGGGCUUCGAGAACUCUAGAAGCAGUUAAGGUAUCACUGCCCAACGCCGUGACGAGGAGCCUUCAGGAAUUUUCCAAGGCCCACGGCGUCACUCUUGCCAAUGUGCUCCAGACAGCCUGGGGCCUUGUCGUUCGGACUUACAGCGGCUCAACAGAUGUUCUGUUUGGCUUCCUGGCAUCAGGACGUGAUGUACCGCUUGAGAGCAUUGAGGAUGCCGUCGGACCCUUUAUCAAUAUGCUCGUGUGCCGCGUGAACGCGUCAAAAGAUGUCUCUGUUCUCGAAGCAGUCAAGAAGACGCAAAGCGACUACCUUGAUUCACUGCCACAUCAGCACACUUCUCUCAGCGAGAUUCAGCAUAGUCUGGGUCUCAGGUCAACACGCCUCUUCAACACUAUCCUCUCACUUCAGCGGCCAAUGGCCGAAGCUAUCGAUGCUGGUAGCGAGAUUGACAUCGAGUACCUGCAGGGUAGCGAUCCGACAGAAUACGACCUCAGCGUGAAUAUCACCGCUAGUGAUUCGGUCAUUGAUGUGUCCAUCAGCUACUGGUCGACUUUCCUGUCGGGCGAGCGUGCCGCUCAAGUUGCAUCAACCUUUGCCAAAUGUCUGAGCGAAAUGCUAGCCUACCCAGAUGCCUCUUUCGGCGAACUCAACUUCCUUGACCAAGAUCAAAUGCAGCAAAUCUUCUCUUGGAACAACGACGGCAAUACUCCUGUGCCUGUUGACGGGCUCAUCCAUGCAAACGUUCUUCGACAUGCCGCUGAGAGACCAGAAGCUAUUGCAAUAUCGGCAUGGGACGGAACACUCACAUUCUCUCAGCUGGAUGACCUAUCAGGGAGACUUGCUCACUACUUGAGAAGCUUAGGCGUGAGACCGGAAAAUAUUGUGCCGUUGUGCUUCGACAAAUCCAGAUGGACUAUUGUAUCGAUGAUGGCAGUUCUCCGAGCUGGCGCAGCCUACGCCUCCAUGGAUCCAUCGCACCCCGCACAACAUCUGGGCAACAUUGUGAAGCAGACUGAAGCAAAGCUUGUGCUUACGGGAUCGGCAACAUAUGCGGAAAAGCUACAUGAUGUAGUCUCCCAGGUGGAGGUGAUCAACCAAGAUCUCCUCCAUCAGCUUCCAGCGCCCCCUCACGUUCCAUCCGAGACAUCUACACCGGAUAGUGCUGCGUUUAUAUGCUUCACAUCCGGCUCAACUGGAAAGCCGAAAGCCAUUUGUCUGACGCACCGCUCUUUUACCUCGAUGGUGGCCAGCAACACGAGCAUGGGAAUUGGACCACAGUCCCGUGUGUUCCAGUUUGCCGCCUAUACCUUCGAUACUUCCAAUUCGGAGAUAUUCACAACGUUGACAUCUGGCGGCUGCGUGUGUGUACCGUCGGAAAGCGAACGACUAAAUGAUCCAGCCGAUGUGAUGAACAGGUUGGAGGUCGACUGGACCUUCCUAACGCCUUCGAUGGCCAGCAUGCUGACUCCUGCUGAUAUACCACUCUUACGGACACUUGCAUUGGGUGGCGAGCAGGUCCGGGACGACAUAGUAGACCUCUGGAAAGAAGAUGUUCGCGUGCUCAAUUCUUAUGGUCCUGCGGAAUGUACGAUAUGGACCUCGAUGGCAGAGCUAGGGCAUGGGAACUCUCCGGCAACUAUCAGCAGUGGUAACGGCGGCAAUGGUUCCUUGCUGUGGAUAGCCGACAUUGCGGACGUCGACAAGCUCGCACCCAUCGGGGUCGUCGGCGAACUUCUCAUUGAGGGACCCAUUCUUGCACGAGGCUACCUCGAUUCGGAGAAAACACGUCAAGCCUUUAUUCCCGCUCCUCGAUGGCGUGGGUCGUCUUCUCAGCCUAUACGUCUGUAUCGUUCCGGUGACCUUGCCCGAUACCACAGCGAUGGCACGUUGAUCUAUAUGGGUCGAUCUGAUGGUCAAGUCAAGCUCAAUGGGCAACGUAUCGAAAUGGGUGAGAUUGAGAAACACAUUGCCGCGUCGAAUCUGGUCCGAUACGCAGUGGUGCUUUUGCCGAAGCACGGCAUCUGCAAGCGCAAACUGGUAGCAGUCGUUGCCCCUGCUGAACAUGUGGAGAAGACCAUAGAGUCCAGAGAGCUCAGCACGAUCCAAGAAAAAGAGCGCAAAGAAACUGCAGCCUCUCAGGUUGCGCUGGUGAAAGAGCAGCUUUCUGGUGUGGUGCCGGGCUAUAUGGUGCCAAGUGUUUGGCUCAUCGCACAGUCCGUCCCCCUAACCGCCUCGAAGAAAGUCGACCGAGUUCGGAUUGCCCGAUGGGUUGAUGAACUCAGCAACGAGACCUACAACAAGGCUCUCGAUGUCGAGGAGGAGCAACAGGAUGACUCCAACGUUACAGACGGGGAGAAGCGCCUCCAGCAGGUCAUCGCCACUGUGCUGAACGUUCCCACCAACCAGAUCCACCUCAACAAAUCCUUCCUGAACCUUGGAGGAGAUUCUAUUCUGGCCAUGCAACUCGUCGUUCAAGCUCGCAAAGAAGGGAUGAAGCUCACAGUCAAAGAUGUGAUGCGCAGCAAAACAUUAUCUUCGCUAUCUUUGACUGCACAGGCUGUCGAAUCCGGCGGACUGGUGCAGAACGAAAUUUACAAUGUACCGUUCGAGCUCUCCCCGAUACAGUCAAUGUACUUUGAAGACCUCACAAAAGGCUCAACCGACCCUACUGCCAACCAGUUCAACCAAAGCUUUCUGCUCGAAGUCUCACAAAAACAGAAAGUCGAUCAGGUUUCGGAAUCGCUCCAGCAAAUUGUUGACAACCAUGCCAUGCUGCGGGCACGCUACAUACAGGGCGUUAACGGUGUUUGGCAGCAGCUUGUGCUGCCUAGAACAGCUGGUACCUACCGCUUCGAAACUCAUAAUGUGGAUUCUCGUGAGCAAGCAUUGUCCAUCGCAGAACAGUCACAGCAGCGCCUGCACAUCGAGAACGGACCUGUCUUUUCUGCAAGCCUCUUCAACCUACCAGAUGGCUCACAACUACUCUUCAUGGUCGCUCACCACCUUGUGAUAGAUCUGGUUUCCUGGCGAAUAAUCAUCAGACAGCUCGAGGAGCUCCUGACACUGGGCGGCAUGUUGCCUACUGCAAAACCAUUCCCGUUUCAUUCCUGGGUCCAAGCACAGGCGGACUACUCCAGACGUCACCUUCAACCCGAGAAAUCUUUGCUGCACAUCGUUCCGACAGCGGAUUAUAGCUACUGGGGUAUGGAUAACGUACCAAACGUCAGAGGCACGACGACCGAGUCUUCUUUUACGCUGGAGGCUGCGGAGACAGACUUGCUACUACGCGGAUGUCACACGGCACUGAAGACUGAGCCACUGGAUAUCUUCUUGUCUGCAGCGUUCCAGUCCUUUGCUAAGACGUUCGCAAGGUCUCCACCAGCCAUAUUCACCGAGGGACAUGGUCGCGAGCCAUGGGACAACAGCAUAGACAUCACGGAGACUGUGGGUUGGUUCACAACGUUAUUCCCACUCCACGCCGCUUCAGACGUCAAUGAUUCUGCACUCGAUACUGUGAAAACGGUCAAGGACCAGCGUAGAUUUUUACCUCAGAAUGGCUGGGCAUACUUCAACUCAGCUUCGUCGAACGAUGCUGGAAAGGAGGCGUUUGCGGCUCAUCGGCCGAUCGAGAUUCUCUUCAACUACCUGGGUAUUUAUCAAGGACAAGGCCAGUCGUCAAGCCUCCUGCAAGCGGUUCCGUUCAAUAAGGGCGACGUUGGGCCCGGCGUGAGCCGCUUCGCACUCAUCGAAAUCAAUGCUUAUGUAUUGGACGGCAAGGCGCACUUUUCAAUCACACACAGCACAAAGAUGCAACGCCAGGAGCUCAUUGGGCAGUGGGUAGCAGCAUACCGCCAAUGUCUCAUGGACAUAGGUCAGCAGCUGCAGACAGCUGAGCGUACCUUGACCAGCGGAGACUACCCCAACCUAAUCACGAGCAAUGUUGCCCUUCAGCGAUUCCAAGAGGAGGCUUUACCGAGCAUCACGUCGAUCGACAACGUUGAAGAUAUCUUUGCUGUCUCUCCAAUGCAGGAGGGUAUUCUACUCAGCCAAAACCGUAUGCAGGGCGCGUACCAAAUCGAGACCGUUGUCGAGAUCUCCUCUUUGGCCAAGAAGACUAUCGAUGUGGAGCGUUUCGCCAGUGCCUGGCAGCAGGUCGUGCAUCGACAUGCUACCCUGAGAACUGUCUUCAUACAGAAGCUUUCGGACAGGCCCUACGAUCAACUUGUCGUCAAAGCACAUGCUGCAAAAGUGUCUGUGGUACACUCUCAAGAUGAGGAUGCGUUAGCCUACAUUCAAUCUACUGAUAACCUUGUCUACAACUCUACAGAGGCACCCCACCGUCUCGAGCUCGUCCAGGCACCUUCAGGGCGCACGUACGCGAAGCUGGAAAUUAGCCAUGCCUUGGUGGAUGGUACUUCUAUGUCUGUCUUGAUAGGAGAAUGGGUGGAAGCGUACAACAACAGCUUGUCUGCGCUACCAGGGCCGCUCUACAGCGACUAUAUCGCCUACAUUCAAUCUCAACCACGACAUGCCGCACUUGACUACUGGAAGCAUAACCUGGCUGAUGUGCGUACUUGCCAUUUCCCAGUGUUGACGGACAAUCAAAUCGAGCCUGAGCGGCUACUUCACGAAGUUGAGGUCCGUGUUCCCAACGCAGCUUUGCUCCGCGACUUUUGUCAGCAGAACAACAUUACCCUGGCUAGUAUUUUCAGGUUGGCUUGGGCAAAGGUUCUGCGGGCCUUUACUGGUGACGAUCAAGUGUGUUUCGGCUACCUUGCGUCUGGUCGAGAAAUCCCGGUCCCUGGCAUCGAGAGUGCUGUCGGAGCCUUCAUCAACAUGUUGGUCUGCUCCAUCAACUUCGACGCCAUUGGCCAGCAAAAGGUUGUCAAUAGCCUGGAGUCGCUACAGGAUGAAUACCUGAGAUCACUGCCAUUCCAGCACAUCAGCCUUGCGCAGAUUCAGCAUGAGUUGGGCAUGUCCGGGCAGACACUAUUCAAUUCUGUUCUCAGCUUCCAAAGACGAUCGCACGGCGACUUCAAAGUAGGUGAUAUCAUGCUACGAUACUUGGAUGGUGUCGAUCCCACCGAAUAUGACAUAUCCGUUAGCAUCUCCGACAGCCAAGAUGGUGUCUUCGUCAACAUGAGUUACUAUACGUCCAGACUAUCAGACGGCCAAGCCGCCAACGUUGCGAGUGCGCUGUCAAACGUGUUGUCUGCGAUACUCCAAUCGUCUAACACCACGGUUGGAGCUCUUGGAUUGAGCGGUAAUCGAGACGCUUCGCAGAUUGAGCUCUGGAAUGCUGAACCGUUUGCACCUAUCAACAAGUGCGUACAUGAGAUGUUUCAACAGAGCGCUCGCCUGACGCCUGACGCCAUUGCCAUCGACUCUUUCGAUGGUACGAUGACAUAUGAGGAGGUAGAGACGAAGUCGACUCAGCUCGCACAAGCCUUGAUCAAGCGAGGAGUCCAGAUGGACUCGCUCAUACCAAUUGCUUUUGAGAAAAGCGCGUGGGCCAUUAUCGCUAUGCUUGGUAUCAUGAAGGCCGGUGCGGGCUAUGUGCCGCUGGACCCUGCCCACCCUGAUGACAGGCUGAGGACCAUUGUUGGUCAAACCGAAGCAGUCCUUGUAAUUGUCUCUGAGAGCACAGCUCAACGUAUGGAGGGUCUCUUUGGCGAGGUUCUCAGAGUUUCACCGACAUCGUCCCUAUGGUCGAGCUCGGUCAGCACCGAUCUCAAGACAGGCGUGACACCGGCCGACGUGGCUUAUGUCCUGUUUACUUCGGGCUCCACUGGCGUGCCAAAGGGCGUCGUUCUGUCUCAUGUCGCCGUAAGCAGCAGCACGUUCCACCAUGGAGCCGAAAUCGGUUGUAGUGCAGCCACCCGCAUGUAUCAGUUCGCCGCCUACACUUUCGACGCCUGCAUUCUGGAGAUCUUUACGACUCUGGCCUACGGAGGUUGCAUCUGCGUUCCUUCAGACGCAGAGAGGAUGAGUGACAUUGCUGGCUUCAUUACUCGAAAGCAGGUCAACACAUCGUUUAUGACGCCCUCACUGGUCCGCAUUCUGUCUCCAGAGCAGAUACCGACAAUGAAGACACUGAUACUUGGCGGCGAGGCUCUUGGCCAAGACAAUAUUGGGACUUGGGCCCCGCAACUGAAGCUCAUGAAUGGAUAUGGUCCAACUGAGACCUGUGUCUUUGCUGUCAUGAAGACUUUCAAGAGUCCACAAGACCGUAACGACAUUCUCGGAAAAGGUGUGGGAUCCCAGACCUGGAUCGUCAGUCUCGAUGACCCAUCUCAGCUUGCUGCUGUCGGAACCAUUGGCAUGUUGUGCCUUUCGGGCCCAGCCCUGGCUCGUGGAUAUCUCAACGACAAAACCAAAACCGACAGUGUCUUCAUUGACGAUGCUCCAUUCCUUCCCCGCGUCGAAGGUAUGCCUAGGAGAGCUUACAACACCGGCGAUCUAGCACGUUACAAUUCUGACGGCAGUAUUACCUACCUUGGUAGACGGGAUCAGCAGGUCAAACUCAGGGGUCAGAGGAUAGAACUGGCUGAGAUCGAGCAUCACACCAAAGCCAGCUUUCCACGGGCUUCGCAAGUUGGCAUUGAGGUCGUAUUGCCUCUCGGUCAGAAAGAAAGGACAACGUUAGCGGCUUUCUUGUGUUUACCUGACCGAGAGCACAGGAGCACCAUUCUACUGAAGCCAGAUGAUGGUCUUCGCUCGGAUCUUUUCAAGCUUCAAAAGUCACUGGAGUCCCUGCUACCACCCUAUGAAGUACCGACUCUAUACAUACCCGUUAGGAGAAUGCUUACCACGACAGCCGGAAAGCUUGAUCGGAAGGCUCUCCGGGACGCCAUUGCAGCUUUGUCCGAGGAAGAGCUGGACAAUUUCUCGCUCGCGGAAGCAUCGAAAAAGCCACUUUCCACGGACAGCGAGAGGGCCACCGCUGAUAUGUGGUCUGCGGUGCUUAGGAUUCCUGUCUCGAAAAUCGGCGCUGACGACAACUUCUUCCGCCUCGGUGGCGACUCGAUCACAGCAAUGAGACUAGCAGCCAUGGCGGGAGCAGAGUUUACUCUGACGGUCGCGGACAUCUUCCAGCAUCCAGUACUUACCGAUAUGGCUGCUCUGGCUAAGCAAGACUACUCCGAGACGAACGGUACUGCAGAAAUCAGGCCGUUCGAUCUAUUGGAGUCGCCGUGUACGACAGAUAUGUUGAGAUCUUUUGCCACCAAAUGCGAUGUCUCAGUAGAACAGGUAGAGGAUGCUUACCCAUGCAGUCCUCUGCAGGAAGGAAUGAUGGUGCUGUCGAUUCUCAAUCCCGGUGCUUACAUGGUGCAGAAGGUGUUCGAAUUGCCAUCAACCAUGGAUAUCGCUCGCUUCCGCAAGGCUUGGGAGCUAGCAAUCGCCAACAACGCUAUCCUGAGGACUACUAUUAUCCAGACCGAGUCCGGCCGCUCGCUGCAGGUCGUGCUUUCGAAUGCUUUCCAGUGGAGAACCGCAUCUACGCUUCAAGAAUAUCUCCUCCAGGAUCAGCAGGAUGAGGCAGCAUGUGGGAAGCCACUCUCACGUUACGCGAUUACCAAAGAUGGAUACUUCGUUUGGACUGCUCACCACUCGAUGUACGACGGUUGGACUGUACCUCUCAUCCUUGAGCAAGUCCAUGGAUUCUACACUGCAGGUCAGGCUCCAGCCACUCCAAGCUUCAAUACCUUUGUGAAGUAUCUUUCGAAGACGAGUUACCAUGACGGCCAAGCCUACUGGAACAAGUACCUUUCGGGUGGCAAGCCUGUCUCGUUUCCAGAACAGCCGUCCGCAUCUCACGUCCUUAGAGUCGACCACGAUUCCCAUCACAGCAUGUCCAUCUCGCGUAGACCAGGAUCCAGCAUUCCCAUGGCGACGAUUCUGCGAGCUGCCUGGGCAUACACUUUGGCACAGUACUCAGAUGCGGAAGAUGUUGUGUUCGGUAUGACCUUAUCAGGACGAAAUUGUCCAGUCCAUGACAUAGCCAAGAUUUUGGGCCCUACAAUCACAACGGUGCCGAUCAGAGUGGCUGUUCCAACAGAGGGAACAGUCGCUGAAUUCCUGAGCACAGUCCAAGAGGACUCCAACAAGAUGAUUCCAUUUGAGCAUUUUGGCCUUCAAAACAUUGGGAAGAUCAGCCAUGAAGCCAGCAGAGCCGUUCAGUUCCAGAACAUCUUCGUAGUUCAGCCUAUGGCACAGUUCGAUGUCCAUCACAAUGAACUUCUCGGAGCGGAGGAAGUGUCGACACCUCUAAAGAACUUCGAUACCUACCCUCUGGUCAUGGAGUGCAGCCUGAGCGACUCUGAAGUUCAUUUUGAGGCGCGCUUCGAUGCAAACGUGAUUGCUCAGGAUCGCAUGGACCGUAUCAUCCGGCACUUCGAGCAUGUGAUCAAGUCGUUCAAUUCUGCCACCCAAACGACAAGAAUGCAGGAUAUCUCAAUGUUCACGGAAGACGACAUGACUCAGAUCCUCGAAUGGAAUAAGACGUACCCCGACGUGCUGGAGACUACGGUACCAGAGGUCUUCGCCGAACAGGUAAAGCUUCGACCGGAUGCUCUCGCUGUGGACGCUUGGGAUGGCCAGCUGACAUAUGCUGAACUUGAUCGUCUCUCGAGUGUGUUUGCCGCACAGCUCGUCAAGCAAGGAGUUGGUGCCGAAGUCCUUGUGCCACUCUGCUUCGAGAAAUCGAGAUGGGCGAUCGUCACACAGAUGUCCGUAAUCAAAGCUGGCGGCGGAGUGGUCAAUCUCGAUUCUGCGCACCCUCUUGGCCGUUUGGAGCUCAUCAUUGAAGAUGCCAAAGCUAAAGUCAUCCUUGUCGCACCGCAGUUCUAUGACAAGUUCAAGGGGGUUGUGGGUCUGAAGGUCAUCAGUAUCGACGAGCAAUACUUCCGCAACCUUUCUGAGCCUAGCAAGCCUAAGCUUCCUCCGAUCAGUCCGUCGAGUGUGGCGUACGUCCUCUUUACCAGCGGGUCAACCGGCCGGCCCAAAGGCAUUGUCAUCGAGCACCGUAGUCUAUGCUCAAGCUCCAAAGCACAUGGUACGGCGUGGGAUAUCGGUCCCGAGACGCGUUUGUUGCAAUUUGCUGCUUACACAUUUGAUGUGAGUUGUGCAGAUAAUUUCACCACCCUGCAGCGGGGAGGCUGUAUCUGCGUGCCGUCCGAGCAUGACCGCCUAAACAACUUGGCUGGAGCAAUAAACCACUUCCAGUGUAACUGGGCGUUCUUGACGCCUACGGUCGCCUCGCUACUGCCCGCCCACGGUAUUCCUAGCCUUCGAAAACUGGUGCUAGGUGGUGAAGCGAGCACAAGAGACACAAUAGCUAAGUGGCACAACGUGCUAGAUCUGAUCGUUUGCUACGGACCAGCUGAAUGCUCGGUCUACUGCUCUGGUGCCCCACCAGCUACGGCGACCAGUGACCCGGCCGACCUAGGAGAGGCAAUCGGUGCGCUUUACUGGAUUGCAGACCCUCAGGACUACAAUCGCCUUGUGCCUGUCGGCUGCACGGGCGAGCUACUGCUUGAAGGUCCGACCGUGGCCCGCGGUUAUCUACACGACAAGGAGAAGACGGCGAACGCCUUCAUUGCCAACCCUUCGUGGGCGACAGGUGGUUCCACGACGAAACCACGCCGCUUCUAUCGUACCGGCGAUCUUGUACGAUUUAAUGGAGACGGUACCAUCCACUUCGUUGGCCGGAAAGACACACAGGUCAAGGUCCGCGGUCAGAGAGUGGAGUUGGGUGAAAUCGAGCAUGCAAUUCGCCUACAGAUGCCCAGUCUCGCCCAUGUUACCGUUGACGCUGUACGCCAGGCCAGCCUCGAUGACCGACAAGUCGUGGUUGCAUACCUACACAUGACAACAGAGGGAGGCGCAGCCAAGGCUCUACCGCUAGAAGGCGAACUCAAGGAAGACCUACUGAAGCUGCAAAGUUCGUUGUCCGAGGCGCUGCCGAGCUACAUGCUUCCCAACCUCUUCAUCCCUAUGGCUCAUGUUCCGCUCACAAUGAACGGCAAGGCAGACCGCCGGCAACUCCGGGACCUGGCCUCGGGCAUGAGUCGCGAACAAGUCUUAGCAUACGGCCUGGAGUCAACGACGAAGCAGGCGCCUACCACCCCAAUGGAGCACGCUCUGCGCGACCUGUGGGCAUCAGCUCUAGGCGUCGACCCCGAGGCCAUCGGAAUCGAAGACCAAUUCUUCCGCGUCGGUGGCGAUUCGAUCUUAGCCAUGAAGCUCGUGGGCGUCGCUGGCGAGCAGGGAAUCCCACUAUCCGUGAGAGACUUCUUCAAAAGCCCUGUGCUGGCAGAGAUGGCGAAGGUCGUUGAAAGCCGGUCCAAGAUCGUAACAAAUGGUGCAGCACCAAAGUACGAACCGUUCUCGCUGUUUGCCGACGCACCUCCGACCAAGCUGGUCAAGCGCAUGGCGGCGCAGCUACAGACUCCCGAAGCCAAUAUAGCGGACAUCUUGCCUGCGACGGACUUCCAGCAGAACGCCGUGGCACACGCCCUGAUGAAGACCCGCGGUUUCCGCAACUAUCUGUGGCUGGAUGGUUACGGUGAACUGGAUGCUGCUGCUACGAAGAAAGCACUGGGUCAAUUUGUAGGACAGCACGAAAUCCUGCGCACGAUAUUCGGUAUCUAUCAUGAAAAGUUCGUGCAGGUCGUGUUGAAGAAGCUCGACUUUGCCGUAGAUAUACACGAAACAGACCAGGAGAUUGCAGCCUUCACCGAACAGAUCUGCCGAAAAGACUCUGCCAAACCCACGAAGGCGACCGAUCCGCUACUCAAGUUCUUCAUCAUCAAGGCCAGAGUCGAUGGCACGAGCAGCAGCUGCCACCGUAUCGUCAUGCGCAUCUCCCACGCUCAGUACGACGGCGUCUGCCUACCCAAGAUCUGGGCAUCACUCGCCAGCGCCCUUGCCAACGACGGCAGCAUCACCCCGAAUACCAGGCCCAUGGCGGCCUAUAUGUCUGCGCUCGCAUCUCAAAACCACAAUGAAGCCCUGCAGUACUGGCGCAGCCUGCUCGCCAACUCACACAUGACCCCCAUCGUUACCCACCCCAACAAACCAUCCUUCUGCAACGUAUACAACACCUUCGUGCGCCGCGUAGUCCCUACAUCCACCCUCUCCGCCCAGCACGGCAUCACCUUCGCCACAAUCCUCAAGGCCGCGUGGGCGCUCGUGCUCGCGUCCCUAUCGCACACUCCGGAUGUCACAUUCGGGCACGUCGUCUCAGGCCGCAAUCUCGACGCGGCCUUUGGUCCGGGCCUGGACAACGUAAUCGGUGGCUGCAUCAACAUUGUGCCUGUGCGCGUGGCAGCGCUCCGCACUGCAGAAUCUACCAUCCUGCAGCUCCUGCAGGCAGUCCAAGACCAGCACGCUGCAAGCCUCCCCUACGAGAGCGUCGGCAGCCGCACUAUCGUGCGCGAAGCCAGCCCCUGGCCGAAACAGACGCGCUUUAGCAGCGUGGUGCAGCAUCAGAAUAUCGAGGAAGACAGCACGGUGGCCGUGGGCGGCAGGCCGUAUGAGGUGGGCUUCUGGUGCCCUGAGGCCGACGAGGCGGAUCUGGCGGUUAAGACGACGCCGUUGAAGGAUGGGACGACGGAGGUAUUGAUGAUCUGCAGCGAUACGGCUGUGGGUGAGGAAGCGCGGGCGAAACUGAUGGAUAGGCUGUGUGAAUUGAUUGGUGUUGUAGGAGGGGAUGUGGAAGCCCGGGUUGGGGAUGUAUUGGAGCGGAGCCGCAAGAGCGAUGGUGGUGAGCGACUCUUGCCGUUGCCGGCGCCGCCACAGACCAGCAUCAAUGGCGCAGCGCAGCCGAUUACUCACUCCGCCGCCGCUGGUGCCAACAGCAACGGCAGCGUCGCUUCCCGCAUCCGCGGCUGGGAAGCGAUGCAGAAGCUGCAGCAGGAGCAGCAGCAGCAGCCAGCAGCCAACACCACGAGACAGGCCCUCGCGAGCGCGUGGCACGAAGUUCUACAGCUGCACAAGGAGGACACAUGUGCAACAGUGUCAGACGACGAAAGCGACUUCUUCGCCCUCGGAGGCGACCUUGUCGCGGCGGCAGUGCUGGCUGCGAAGCUGGCGGUGGAGGGCAUUGGGGAGAGGGAGGUUAGUGUGGAGGAGGUUAUUGAGGGGUCGAGGUUUGGGGAGAUGGUGAGGGUUCUGGGCGGGUGA